CAAAAAGAGACCGUGAGCCAGAGUGGAAUUGCUCCCUUGGGUAAUAUGGUCUUUGUUUCCACGGCCUACUGUGAUCCUCUUGUUCAAGUGCACUGCACAUUUCCUUUCUAUGUGAAACACUACUAUUUCCAGUUCAUAAAAUGAUUCAAAAGGUCAUUAUCAAAGACUGGCUUCUCUGAGGGUUCUAACAUUCACAGGCUUAUACAGAUUCCUUUAAAUUUUUCUGUGGCCUAUGGCACAGGGUUAAUGAUCCUGAAAUAUAGUCAUCUAAACAAAGUUCCACAAAUUCUCCUGAAUUAUUUACCUUUACAUGGAGCUUAAAAAAAAGGCCCACAUCCACAGAACUACAUAAUUUACAGGAAUAACCAGCAUGAAACUUUUAUAUUUGAAAGAAAUGUACCAAAUAUGACUAAAUUUUCCUACUGCAAGUAGUACCUGCCCAGAGGUGAGAGGCCAGCCACAGAGGCACCGAGCUGAUGAGGGCUGCUGUGAUCUUUCCAAUAACGAUGCCCGAGUAGGUCUCCAGUAUGGCUGCAGUUCCGGCCAAGGACAGCUCUGUUCCUGCAUCUGACAAGGCAAGUCUUGCCAGCAUGUCAAUGGAGGCAAUGUCAAAUGCCUUCCAAAAGUCCAGUUAGAUUAUAUGAGCUGCAGUUCCUUUGUCCACCAAUGCCAUCACUCCAUUCAUUGCAGAAGGCCACCAGGUUGGUCAGGCAUGAUCUGCUGAUCUGCCCUUGGUGAAGCUGUGCUGGCUCUCCAUGAUCUUCCCAUACAGAGGUGAGAGGCCCACCAGCCAGUAGUUCCCUGCAUCUUCCUUUCUACCUUUCUUAAAAAUGGGAGUGAUAUUUCCUUUUUCCAGAGCCCGGAGACUACACCAGACAUCCAUGACAUUCAAAUACGAUGGAGAGUGGCUUGGGAAUCACAUCAGCCAGCCCCUUCAGUACCCUGGGAUACACGUCCCUACAGAGACUUGUACACACCCAGCCUCCUCAGGUGGUCUUAAACUUACUCUUUGUUUACGGUGGGAGGGAUUUUGCUCCCCCAACUCUCACCUACAGACACAGGGACGUGAGAGAUGUGGGAAGUCUGAGUGCCAGUGAAGACUGAAGCAAAGAACUUGUUGAGUACCUCAGCCUUCUUGCUGCCAUUUCUCCCUUCUCCUUGAACAGAAAGGGUACACUCUCCUUGGCCUUCCUCUUCCAUCCAACAUACCUACAGAAUCCCUUAAAUCAGACCGGUGUCCUGCCCAGCCCUCUAGACAUGAGGACAAGUGCUGUACCUGCCCAUGGCAGGCCUGGCCCUUUAUUGUCCUGUGAGUGUUGGCCUCAGCUUCAUGGAGACGCUGGAAACAGGCUCAGGGUGGAAGAGCAGCGGUGCCCGAGUGUGGCUCCAGGGCUGCAGUCCUGGCCAAGGACAGCUCUGUCCCAGCUUCUGGCAAGGGGAGUGUUGCCCGCGGGUUGAAGGAGGCAAACCUUCCUCCCCGCUUCAUGGCCAGCAGCAGGCACCUCACUGCACUGCCUGCAACAGCCGCCAUCUUGCUUGGGUGCCAAGGGCCCACACCCUCACCCCUCAGUGAGGUAGUGAUUGUCUCACAGUGGGUGGCAGGGAGUGACCACUGUGACCCAUGGGGCCAGGACCAGCUUAGGCCAGGCCAGGCUCAGACCGUGUGUCAGUACGACCUGGUGAGGUGCAGAGAGGGCAGGGAGGAAGGGGCUGCCUGAGGCUGCUGAGUGAGGAGGGGUCCCCAUGCCUCAGGGGCCUGAGCUGCUAACUCUCUCAUUCUUCUUCUCCCUCAGUGUUGGCAGAGGAGAGUGUGGAGGAGAAAGCCCAGCACUGACUGGGCAGCGACUCCAAGUGCUCACUGUCGACGUGCGCCAUGUCCAAAAGGAAGCAGAAGACCUCCAACUUGGAGGAGGAAGUAUGCAUGCUGUGUCGCCGGGCAGAUGUUCACCCGGACAUCUGCGGGCCCACACUUAGCAAGAGUGGGAUUUGCGUCCAUAAGUUUUGCUUGUUUUUUGCCAAUGGCCUUUAUGAACAAAGUACCCUAACGAGGGUAGCUCUGGAGUUCCCCCUUGAUGUCAUCAGAUCCGCAAUCGAGGAGGCAGAGCAGAAGCACUGCUUUGUUUGUGGAGAGAGGGGGGCCUCCAUCUGCUGUGCAGAGACAGCCUGUGAACGCAGUUUCCAUCUGCCCUGCGCCAUGGAUGGUGAAUGUAUCAUGCGCUUCUUUGGGCAGCACAGGUCCUACUGCUGUGAGCACCGCCCCGAGCAGGUAGUGGGGGAAGAACCAGAGCAAGACACAAAAUGCAUCAUCUGCCUGGAGCCCGUGGGGGACAAAAAGUCCUACCACACCAUGGUGUGCCCAGUGUGCACACAGGCUUGGUUCCACCGGAGCUGCAUCCAGGGACAGGCCAUUAAUGCUGGCAUUCUGCGCUUCCGAUGUCCCGUCUGCAGAGACAGGACGGAAUUCGUUACAGAAAUGCAGCUCUUUGGGAUCCAAAUCCCAGCCAGAAGACCAACAUGGGAGGACCAGGAGAGCUAUGCAGUGCUGCAUGAGAGGCACAGCCGUUGCGAUGUCAGCGAGUGCCUUUACACAGAAGGCAGGGAGCAAGCAGAGGAGGAGGGGCCCUGGCAGCUGCUCCUUUGCAUCUCCUGUGCUGGGCAAGGCACCCACCGGCACUGCUCCUCCUUGAGCGACAGCACAACCACCUGGGAGUGUGACAUCUGUGCUGGUGUGGGCACAGCCUCCAGUGCCAAGUCGCAGCUUGCCGGUCCCAGCACUGCCAGCCAGGAGGCGGAGGGGCCAUCUCAUAGCUCCCCAGCUCCUCACAACGACAGAUCCGACUCCACCAGCCAGGCAGCAGCGGAGUCAUCUCGCAGUUCCCAGCUGCCUGAGCACAGCAGCCAGUCCAGCCGGCCCAGGACAAGACAGAGGAAAAGCUGCAUACAUGUGUCUAACCAGCACCAGGGACACCAAGGGAGCAGCCAUACACCAGCUCCAGGUGCUGAGAGCAGCACCCACGGAUCCACCAGCCAGCGGGAAGUGGGGCACUCCCGCAAUUCCCCAGCGGCUGAACGCAGAAGGCAACCCAGGCAGCAGGGAACAAGCAAGACAAGAAGCCGCUCCCCACUAAAGGGUCGUGCCUCAAAUUCCCCGAGCCAGCUCAGAAGAUCUCGUGGCAGCAGACGGCCUCCAGCAUCAAGAGGUGCUGAGAGCAGCACCCAUGGAUCCACCAGCCAGCGGGAAGUGGGGCACUCCCGCAAUUCCCCAGCGGCUGAACGCAGAAAGCAACCCAGGCAGCAGGGAACAAGCAAGACAAGAAGCCGCUCCCCACUAAAGGGUCGUGCCUCAAAUUCCCCGAGCCAGCUCAGAAGAUCUCGUGGCAGCAGACGUACUCCAGCAUCAGGAGGUGCUGAGAGCAGCACCCACGGAUCCACCAGCCAGAGGGUGUCCAGAAAUUCCCUGGGGGCUGGAAACGUAAAAUGCGACAGACAGCAGGACACAAGCCAGAGACAAAGCCACUCCUCCCUACAAGGUCUGGCCUCAAAUUCCUCAAGCGAGCCCCGAAGACACCGCGGCACCAGAUGUAUGCCAGCCCCAGGUGCCGAGAGCAGCACCCACAGCUCUGCCAGACAGGCGACAUCGGGGUCCUCCAGGGAUUCCCUGCUGCCUGAACACAGAAGACGUUCCAAGCAGCGAGGGCAGACCCAGGCACGAAGCCGUUCCCCACGGGAACGUCAGCCUUCCAAUUCCCAAAGACAGUCUGGAGGACGCCACGGCCGCGGUUCCAGACAGCGGCGGCCAUCUCGGGCACGAAGCCGCUCCCGGGUCCAGCCCUGAAGACACUGCAGGAGCAGCCCUGUACCAGAGCCACGUGCCGGCUCCUUUCGCCAGCAGCCUACCCAAUAAAGUUAAAACCAAAAAGUCAACCCCAAAAAAGCUAUAUAGUGUCUACUCUCUACACUACGAGCUGAAUAC